GUGGUAACCACAACUCAAUACUGUUUUAAUUAUUGUAUUAAUAUAUUAGAAAUUUACAUUACUAAAUAUGUACAAGGUCAUCUGUCUUGCCUUCCUUGCUGUAGUCAGUGCGAGACCACAAGGUGGCCACGGUCAUGGUCACGCAUACUCAUCGCAGAGUAUCGUUCUGCAUCAGGCCCAAGGUCAUGAUUCACACCACAGCAUACCAGUUCAUCAUGAAGUGAAGCCCGUCGUUCUUGUCCAUCAGCCCGUUCACCAUCACGAAGCCCCCAAACAUGAGGAACAUCAUGUUGAUUAUUAUGCCAUCCCCAAAUACACAUACGAGUACAAGAUCGAGGACCCGCAUACAGGCGACAACAAGUACCAGCACGAGACGCGCGACGGCGAUGUCGUCAAGGGCGUGUACAGUCUGCACGAGGCGGACGGCACCAUCAGGAUCGUUGAGUACACCGCUGACAAGCAUAACGGUUUCAACGCUGUCGUGAAGCGCGAAGGACAUGCCCAGCACAUCAUUCCGCAACAUCACCAUCAAUAAAUUAUAGAACUGACUGUUUAUUAAAAUCUGUCUGAUAAAUUACUGUACUGAGAGAUUUUUGAAACAUAUCAG